AGCCAAACCGUCGUGGUGAUGAUCCAGAAGCCUAGCUUAGCUACUAGCUGCUAGCUAGUGUCGGAUUAGCUCGUGUUCGACGCUGCACUUUCAACCAUUUGGCGUGAUGACUUGUGAAUAGGUUCUGAUUUGGUUGGGUCUAACUUGAAGAUCUGGUUGAAACAACGUAGGAAACCUUGGGUCCAUCUGUGUGUGUGUGUGUGUGUGUGUGUGUGUGUGUUGUGUGUGUGUGUGUAUGUGUGUGUGUGUGUGUGUGUUUAAGUGUCCGGUCCCCAGAAUGUCUAAAAGCAAGAGCUCCGAGUCAGUGAAAGUGAAAGUGGUGGUCCGUUGUCGUCCUAUGAAUGAGAAGGAACGGGCCGCGGCAUUUGAGAGUGUGGUGUCUGUGGAUGUCAAAUUUGGACAAAUUAUAGUCAAGAACCCCAGGGAAACUUCUGCUGGUGAACCCUCCAAAGUCUUCACAUUUGAUUCGGUCUACGACUGGAGCUCAAAGCAAAUAGAUCUAUACGAUGAAAGUUUUAGGCCCCUUGUGGAUUCCGUUCUUCAAGGAUUCAAUGGGACCAUCUUUGCAUAUGGACAAACCGGCACAGGGAAAACAUACACCAUGGAAGGUGUGAAGAACGACCUCGAGAGGAGAGGAGUCAUCCCCAACUCUUUUGACCACAUCUUCACUCACAUCUCGAGGUCUCAGAAUCAGCAGUACCUGGUGCGAGCGUCAUAUCUGGAAAUUUAUCAAGAGGAGAUUCGAGACUUACUCUCCAAGGACCAGUUGCGUCGCCUUGAGCUGAGAGAGAGGCCGGACACGGGUGUCUACGUUAAGGACCUGUCGUCGUUUGUCACCAAGAGCGUGCGGGAGAUUGAGAAUGUUAUGAACGUCGGCAAUCAGAAUCGUUCAGUGGGCGCCACCAACAUGAACGAACACAGCUCUCGCUCUCACGCCAUCUUUGUGAUCACUGUGGAAUGCAGCCAACUGGGGGUGGACGGCGAGAACCACAUUCGAGUUGGCAAACUCAACCUGGUGGAUCUCGCCGGUAGCGAACGGCAGACCAAGACAGGAGCUCAGGGGGAGAGGCUGAAAGAAGCUACCAAGAUCAAUCUGUCACUUUCGGCUUUGGGGAAUGUCAUAUCCGCUCUGGUGGACGGCAGGAGCAGUCACAUCCCUUACAGAGAUUCCAAACUGACACGCCUCCUACAGGACUCUCUCGGGGGCAACGCCCGCACCGUCAUGGUGGCCAACAUCGGCCCGGCGUCCUACAACGUUGAAGAGACUUUAACAACGCUGCGCUACUCCAACAGAGCGAAGAACAUCAAAAACAAGCCUCGCGUCAACGAGGACCCCAAGGAUGCGCUACUGAGGAAGUUUCAGGAGGAGAUUGCGAAGCUGAAGGAACAGCUGGAAAAGCGUACGGGAAAGAAGAACAAGAAGAAGCAAAGGAGGAGGGCGGGGGACUGUAGCAACGGCGAUGGUCGGGACGACGAGAGCGAGGACGACGGAGACGGGGACAACAAAGUCGAUUAUUGGAGGGAGCAGCAGGAGACGCUGGAGAGCGAGAGGAGAGCGAUCAUGGAGGAUCACAGCCUGGUGGCUGAGGAGAAGGCUCAACUCCUUCAAGAGAAGGAAAGGAAAAUGGAUGACCUUAAGAAGGAGCAGGAAGCUGGAGAAAUGUUGGCAGCCAAAGUUAAAGCGAUGGAGAGCAAACUUCUAGUUGGGGGGAAGAACAUUGUGGAUCAUACCAACGAGCAGCAGAAGAUGCUGGAGCUGAAAAGACAUGAAAUUGCUGAACAGAAAAGGAGAGUGCGAGAGAUGCAACAGCAAAUGGAAUGUCGGGACGAAGAGACCCUGGAGCUGAAGGAGACCUACAGUUCUCUGCAACAGGAAGUCGACAUUAAAACCAAGAAACUGAAAAAGUUGUUUGCCAAACUGCAGGCAGUGAAGGCGGAAAUCCACGACAUCCAGGAAGCGCACAUCAAUGAGCGCCAGGAGCUGGAACAAACCCAGAAUGAGCUCACCAGAGACCUUAAACUCAAGCAUCUUAUUAUUGAGAAUUUCAUCCCUUGCGAGGAUAAGAACAAAAUAGUCAACAGAGCUUUUUUUGACGAGGACGACGAAUACUGGAAGAUGAGGCCUAUCACACACAUAGAGGACGACCAUCAAAUGAUGAGCAGGCCUCAGUCUGCCAUCGGAUUCAGACGGCCUCUCAGUAACCAUGCUCGCACGGCCAUGAAAGAUGGUCUUGACAUGAGAUACAAGGCCGAGAACCUCCUGCUUCUUACGAUGGACAUGCCGUCCCGGACCACCAAAGACUACCAGCAGCCGGUCAUCGCCCCAAAGGUGGCCGCAGCUCUGGAGGACGCGCUGAAGAACGAAGACGAUAUCCAAGUAGAUGCCUCCGGGUUUAACGGCAGCUUGGCACCGCUAGCCAGUGCCAGUGGCAGCCUCAGGAAACCAAAGUCUGGGCGAGCGAGGACAGGCAAGCAAUCGGACACGUGGACGUCGUCGUUCAGCGCUCGCAACCCAACAUCUCCUAUUUACCCACAAUCCCGCGGGCUGGUGCCCAAGUGAACCACCGCCGUCUGCCAACAAGCUCCCUCCGUCUGCAACAAGCUCCCCUGCGCACCUUCUCCAAGAGAACGGCUCUUAUUCUGCCCACGCGAUCGCGAGGUCUGUGAAAGACAAAAUGGAUUAAUGCUGCUUUGUAGAAAAACAAUGAAUUAUUUUUAAUUCGCACUAUUUGCUACUGUCUGGUGCUUUUCAUCUUAGAGUAUAUUUAAAGCACCUUUAUCACAGGUGUGACUACGACACAAAUAUAUAUAUAUAUAUGGAGUAUAUGUAUACACAUAUUGUAUGUUACAAUGUUCUUAAUGCGUACAAAUCAACUAUAAGAGUUGAUAAUCACACUUAAAGGGGACCUAUGAUGAUUUCUAAUCUACAUUUAGUACACUUUCUUGAGGUCUAGAUACUUUGUAUUUACCCUACUUUCCAGACUACAGACCGUGCCGGUUUUUAAGGCGCACCCACCAAAUUUGAGAAGAAAAUCAUAUGUUUACAUGUAUCAGCCGCACGGGACCAUAAGCCGUGGCUUUAUACCGGUAAAAAAGAUUUUGUAAAUGUUUAAAACUGCUGAUCAAACAAAAGAGAGGUCUUCAUCAUGGACCCACGAGCUGCGCAAAAGCUAGCUCUCCAAUCAGCUAAACAGACUCAAUAACUCCCCGGUGACGUUUUGGUGGAUUUACUGAGGAAUUUGUGAAACUGAAACAAUACAAAAAGAAUGCCAUUGUAAGUUAUUAACACUGACACAGGCACUUGUAAACGUGUUGGCAUAUCUGCUACUGCUAACAACGCUAGCUUGAUUACAUUACGAUAGCACGUACAAAUAUGCAUGAAAACACUCCUACAGACAUCACACAUAGGGGCGCGUUAGUAAGUUUGAAUUGUUUUAGUUGUAUUGUAAAACUUGCAAAUGUUGCUUGGAGUGAUGAACAAAGAAUCCAUACGAGUAGAAACGCUAUAGACGAGUAGUAGAUGAAAGGAGAUAUAUUUACGGCUCAUGGCAUAAAACAGGAAGUACAUUUUCUACCCCGCACCACCUGCAGUGAGCGAACUUGUCCAAAAGAUGGCACCAUAGUACAAACAGUAACACACCUUUUCAGUGUCAUUGUCGGUGUUGAACACUACAAAACAUUAUGGCCGUCAGCGAAGUAAAAUCGGCACCUUUUUUUAAACCGCACAGCUCAAAGUGUAGGAAAAAAGUUGCGGUUUUUUUUUUUGCAAUUUUUUGCUUAUGUCUGCAAACCAUUCUCGUGUGGAGGCGCUCCCUUUAGAUUCAAAUGAAACCACCCCUACCCUCUCCAAAAGUAUCUAAAUGUAUCUUUUGAAAAUAUACACUGUUAAAUAUGUAUAUUUUGUAGACACAAACGUCACCGCUAUUAUUUUUCUUUUCCAUACACAGUUAAAUAUAAACUUU